UCAUACUGAUCUUUGCACAGGGAAAAAGAGAAUUUUAAGGGCUGACUAUCAAAGCUGUGUUUCAAUCCUUGCUGUGCAUUUUGCCAAAGUAAGAUUUGUAUUUUUUUACCAUGGAAUUUCUUUCCUCUUCCUAGUCUGCUGAAGUUUGCCAGUGCUCUAAUCUGCUGGUGUGUGGGGAGAGCCCCCGGGGGUGUUGGAGCUUGACAACGAGGCCGCUGUUUAAGCGGCGGGGAAGGACGGAGUGGGGAGGGCGCUCACACAGGCAUCCUGCUGAUGUACGCGAUCGGCUGAGGAGGGAGAGCUCUGUACCGCCGCUAGCCUGCUGCCUACCAAGUCUUUGCAUGAAUUCUUCUAAAAGAUGCCGGUGUGGAAGAAGAAUAUGCCUUCAUGUUUGCAAGCUGAUCACGAAAGAGAUGAAGGACCAUAUGCCAAAUCUACAAACCAAUCAAAAGCCGCAGAAGGCACUUUGGCAGUCCGAAGACAAAGUAUUCCAGAGGAAUUCAUAGGUCAAACUAUAGUCGAGUUGAUGAAAAAGGAAGGCAGCACCCUGGGGCUCACUGUAUCAGGUGGAAUAGACAAGGAAGGGAAACCAAGGGUAUCCAAUCUACGGCCUGGAGGAAUUGCUGCAAGAAGUGAUCAGUUAAAUAUUGGAGAUUACAUCAAAUCUGUCAAUGGAAUCAACUUAACAAAAUUCAGGCACGAUGAGAUCAUCAGUCUCCUGAAGAAUGUUGGUGAGAGAGUGGUCCUUGAGGUAGAAUACGAGCUGCCUCCUGUUUCUGUGCAGGGCUCGGGUAUUAUUCUGAAAACUGUGGAAGUGACUUUACACAAAGAAGGCAACACAUUUGGAUUUGUGAUCAGAGGAGGAUCUCAUGAAGACAGAAAUAGAUCACGUCCAAUUGUAAUAACAUACGUUAGAGCUGGGGGACCAGCUGACAGAGAAGGCACAAUAAAGGUUGGCGACAGGCUGUUGAGUGUUGAUGGAAUUCGGCUUCUUGGAACAACUCAUGCAGAAGCAAUGAGCAUUCUCAAACAGUGUGGGCAGGAAGCAACAUUAAUAAUCGAAUAUGAUGUAUCUGUAAUGGAUUCUGUGGCAAAUGCUUCUGGCCCACUGAUGGUGGAAGUGGCGAAAACCCCUGGUUCUAGCUUGGGCAUUGCUUUAACUACCUCACUAUACUGUAACAAGCAAGUCAUCGUCAUAGACAAAAUAAAGGCUGCCAGCAUUGCUGACAGAUGUGGGGCCUUGCAUGUUGGAGAUCACAUACUUUCGAUUGAUGGCACCAGCAUGGAAUAUUGCACGUUAGCCGAGGCGACACAGCUCUUAGCCAGUACCUCUGAACAUGUCAAACUAGAGCUGCUUCCAUAUCACCAAACACGAUUUGCUCUGAAGGGACCGGAACACGCUGCUCUGGUGUCAACAUCUUUUCCUCCUACCUCCAUGAGUGCAUAUAGCCUGAGCUCCCUGAAUAUGGGGACCCUACCUCGCAGCCUAUAUCCAACAAGUCCACGAGGAACACUGAUGAGAAGGAAAUUGAAAAAGAAAGACUACAAGAGCUCUUUGUCUUUAGCCUCCAGUACGGUUGGUUCCGCAGGCCAGAUUGUCCACACAGAAACAGCAGAAGUGGUCCUAACCAGUGACCCAAUCGUAGGGUUUGGAAUUCAGCUCCAGGGAGGUGUUUUUGCCACAGAGACCUUGUCUUCUCCACCAUUGAUUGCAUAUAUUGAACCUGACAGCCCAGCAGAAAGGUGUGGGUUGCUGCAGGUAGGAGACAGAAUUCUGACCAUCAAUGGAAUCCUGACAGAGGACAGCACACUGGAGGAAGCCAACCAACUCCUUCGAGAUUGUGCCAUCAACAGCAAAGUCACACUGGAAGUAGAGUUUGAUGUCGCAGAAUCAGUGGUCCCAAGCAGUGGCACAUUUCACGUGAAGCUACCAAAGAGGAGUGGGGUGGAGCUUGGCAUUACCAUCAGCUCGCCUGCAAGCAGAAGACCAGGAGAUCCUCUCAUUAUUUCUGACAUUAAAAAGGGAAGUGUUGCACACAGGACUGGAACUUUAGAGCUGGGGGACAAGCUGCUUGCCAUCGACAGCAUUCGCUUGGAUAACUGCUCCAUGGAAGAUGCCGUUCAAAUCCUUCAUCAGUGUGAGGAACUUGUGAAACUCAAGAUACGCAAAGAUGAGGACAACUCAGAUGAACAAGAGAGCUCUGGGGCAAUCAUUUACACUGUGGAGCUAAAACGUUAUGGUGGUCCAUUAGGAAUUACAAUAUCUGGCACUGAAGAGCCUUUUGAUCCAAUAGUCAUCUCAAGUCUAACCAAAGGAGGAUUGGCUGAAAGGACUGGUGCCAUUCAUAUUGGAGACAGAAUCUUGGCUAUAAACAGCAGGAGCCUGAAGGGUAAACCUUUAAGCGAGGCCAUUCAUCUCUUACAGAUGGCAGGAGAAACUGUCACGCUGAAGAUUAAAAAACAGCUUGAUAAGUCCAGUCCUAAGAAGUCAUCUGUGUCAGGCCGAAUGAGUGAAUUGAGCGAUGCAGAAGACGAAAUUCCCACUGCACAAAAGCCAGUCAAGCUUUGUGAGAUGUACUCAGCCACUAUCCCCAGUGUGGAUAGUGCAGUGGAAUCCUGGGAUGGGUCAGGCAUAGACACCAGCUAUGGAAGUCAAGUUCCGUCUGGAUAUCAAGCCUCUGGUUAUAGCCUUCAUGCACAUGAAUGGAGAAGUGCUAAAUUAACGUAUCCACCUGCCAAUAGACACCAUAACCCUUAUCACGAUGUAGCACUGAGUGACGAUGAGUGGGAUAGACCCACCACCAGUGGUUAUGUAGGUGGACAUGAUGGGUUAGAAGCAGAUCAGGAAGAAAACUUUUGGUCCCAGGCCUUGGAAGAUUUAGAAACCUGUGGUCAAUCAGGAAUCCUAAGGGAAUUGGAGGCAACAAUCAUGUCCGGAAGCACACUGUGUCUGAAUGAUGAAAACAGCCUGGCACAUAGGCCACUGGGAAGACAAUCAAGCUUCCAAGAGAAAAAUGCUGUCAGGGCACAUUACACCCAGGCUGCCCGUAGCAACACUUUACCGUCAGAUGGUGUGAGAUCAAAGUCAUUUGCUAUUAGGAAGAUCAAGCAAGAAAUGAAAGAGAUCAUGUCACCAACACCAGUGGAGUUGCACAAGGUAACACUGUAUAAAGAUUCAGACAUUCAGGAUUUUGGAUUCAGUGUUUCAGAUGGCCUGCUGGAAAAAGGUGUAUAUGUCAACAACAUUCGUCCAAAUGGACCAGCUGCCCUUGGUGGAGUCAAGCCCUAUGACAGGUUAUUACAGGUAAAUCAUAUUCGUACCAGAGACUUUGAUUGCUGCCUGGUGGUGCCACUAAUUGCAGAUUCUGGCAAUAAACUUGAAUUGGUCAUCAGCAGAAACCCACUGGCCUUUCAGGAGGUGCUCUCUGAAGAUCAGACAUCACAACCAGAAGAAUGGAAUGAGCAGGAUGAAGCUCAUGGUUAUAGGCAACAGAAAGGAAGGCUUGGUAGUACAGAGAUCCAAGAAAAUACCAACACGUUGUAGUGCCAGGUACCAAGUGCACACAUUUCAGAAGUGAACAGAAACUUGUCCCCGCCUCAUAAUGCAAAUGACAAAAGGUUAAAAGGUUUGACAAACAUUAAGCCAGUCUAU